AUGGCCGGAGAGGUGCUUAAGGGAGUCCAAUCUGCAUUUGGAGAGAUGUUUGCAUCUUUUGUAUUUGGAUUUGCAGUGUACUCUGCGCUGCUGGGGUCUGCUCUGAGUCUGCAGAGUGCUGCAAGCGUGGUAAUUGCACUAACAGUUGGGUUUUCAGGGGUGGGCGUGAUAUACUCGUUCUGUGACGUGACUGUUGCACAUUUCAACCCUGCAAUCACGCUUACUGCCAUUCUUACUGGAAAGCUUGGGAUAAUACGAGGUCUUGGAUACAUCUUGGCACAGUAUAUAGGAUUCAUCCUUGCUGUAUGUGCACUUCUUCCAUGCUCGCCACUGGAGUAUAAGGCAACACUGGAUGUGAUCAGACCAAAGCCUGCAGACUUUGGCGGAGACAACCUUAAUAUCUUCUGGUCUGAGUUUUUCUUCACAGCAAUUCUUGUGCAUAUUGCAUUUGCAGUUGGUGUGAACCCAUACAAGCCAAAGGUCGAUGUGGAUGGAAACUUUGUGAACCCUGAGGAAGAUGAGCCUGUGGAUCGCAGAGUCACUGCACCAUUGUGCAUAGGGCUGACUCUUGGCUUUCUCGCAUUCCUUGGGCUUGCAACAUCAGGUGGUGUCUUCAACCCUGCACUACUGUUUGCUCCAGUAAUCAUGUCAAACACAUGGACAAAGUUCUGGAUUUAUUGCACUGCAGAAUAUUCUGGAGGAUUAAUAGGAGGUCUUCUCCAAGUAUUUGUUCUGUAUAAAAUCAGCUAUUAG